ACUCUAGUACUCAAAACGUGUUAAGAUUCGUGUACUUAAUUAAGUACUUAAUUAAUACUACACUUUGUAUUUUAUAUAGUCUGUGGUUGAGUUGCUGGAUUUGAGACUGGAGGAGUUUAUUGUGUGGAAUCGACUCCCACCUGGACUGGACACCUGUAGUGGGAGUGGUGUGGGUUUGAGUAGGGGAAUGGCGCAGGGCUCUAGUCACUACACUGCUGCUGAGAAGUCAGACACAGACUGGGACCGAAACCACACACUGCACUAAACAGCAUGUCACACUAAUACACCCCUAAUGUUUUAAUAUACUGAGUAGUGCGGUGGUUUAUCACCUCAGUAAUUUGAAACGGACGGGUUCAAGCUUUACACCUCAGGCUUUUCACACUCCAGAGAUGCAGUUCACAUUCUGACCGCUAGUCGUGCUGUCACAUUUCCUUCCCGUAAAAGCUUGUUUCGUGUUUUUGUCACUUGGUCCAAAUGCUAAUGUUUGGUUGCUCCGUGUGGCUACAAACUUGUAAAGCGUGGAUCAGGGCCGAUCUGGCAGAAUGCCUAAGAAAAAGAAGAACGGACCCAGUGCAGGAGCAGGCCAGGCAGGAGAACAUGGCAGUGCUGUUUCCAAUCCCGGGCCGGACGGAGCAGCCGCGCUACCACGCGCCCUCUCGGGAUCCGCGCUGUCCGAGCCGAGUUUACAGAACAAGCACGAGAUCGUCAAGAGCAUGCACGACAUGUUUUCUCACUUGGACCCUGAUGUCAUUUACAUAGUGCUUUCCGAGGCUGAUUUUAAAGUGGAAAAUGCCAUGGAUGCUCUUCUAGAGUUGUCUUGUGCUGCUGAAGGGAAGACCACAAGCUCUCCUUCACUUUCAGGCUUUGAGAUGGCUGCUGCUCUGCUGGAACCACGUCCAUCUCACACUAAAUCAUCCACAAUAAGAGCAGACGUAUCAGCAGCGUCCAAUUAUGAAAAAUCACAUCAGGAGCUCAACCCAGAAACAACUCACCUAACUGAAGAGUUUGAUUCUCUUAUUGACCAGGAACUGGAAUCUUUAGCAAUGCUCCAGCCUCUACCAUCCUCUCUUACUCCUUCUAUCUUGCCUCUACCCUCUGAGUCAGUUCUCCUUUCCUCUGGUGCUCCACCGAGUCCCCUUCUAGCUCAAGAAGCUUUGCUGGAGCUUGAUCAGCUAGAUGUUGAAAAUGACUUCAAAUCAGGGUCUUUAAGUGAUCAGAGUUCCUACUCCAAUGCCAAGAUUGGUGGUGCUCAAAGAAAUGCUUCACCAAUAAAUGAGCUCAGUUUGGGGGGUGGAUCUUUGCCCCAGGAGAGUGGCAUCUCUCUUGAUUUUAGUCACUUGACGCAUGAUUCUACCUGUGCUGCCCCAAGACCUUCAGCUUUUAAGGCCUACCGCAGACCUGACCAUUUUCCGAAGCAAAUAUCAGCACCGGUCCCACAUUCUCAAAAUCUGCACAUGUUCUGGAAUAUUCAAGCUCCAGAUUUCAAGCCCUGCAUGGAUGAACCAACUUUUAUCACACCUGUUGUGCGAGCCCCUAACCCCUGGACAACGAAUACCACUUCACUGACUCAAUGGAUGCCUUCCAGGCCUGUCAGUCAAGCUCCUCUGAAGCCCUCGGCUACUGUUCCCAAGUCAUGGAUGCUUUCUCCUCAGAUUCGACUCAAAUUGGAGGGGCAGGUACUGGUGCUGCUUAGAGGGGCUCCAGGAUCGGGCAAAAGUACACUUGCCAGUGCAAUGUUGGAACAAAACCCGGGUGGAGUAGUCUUAAGUACCGAUGAGUACUUCCUCCAGAAUGGAGUGUACCAUUUUGAGCCAGACUUACUUGGAGAGGCCCAUGCGUGGAACCAUCGGAGAGCAAAAGAAGCUUUUGAGAAAGGUCAUACCCCUAUAGUUAUAGACAACACCAAUUUGCAGUGCUGGGAGAUGAAGCCCUAUGUUGCAUUGGCACAGAAGCACAAAUACAGAGUGCUGUUCCGUGAGCCCAACACCUGGUGGAAAACCAAACCCAGAGAGUUGGAAAAACGUACGAAACAUGGAGUAACGAAGGAAAAGAUUCGACGCAUGUUGGAGAACCAAGAUCGUUACGUAUCUGUCCAGAAUAUAAUGGCUUCACAGCCCAAAUCCACAGCCAUCUAUGGUGUGGAUGUGUGCCAAACACACCCAACAGAGCAGCCUUUAACAAGCCGUCCUGACUUAGUGGGUCACUCUGGGUUUGGUAAACCUGGUAGCUAUCUCUCCUCUUCUCUGCCUGAUGUUUCAUCAGUUGAUUGUAAGUGUAGUUCUACUUCAGCAAACAUGGGUGCAGCAGAAAGCAACAUUGGAUCACAUGGUUCCAAGGAAUACAUGUCCUCCCAGGAAAAUGUAACAGAACUGAUUGAAGCACCACAGGCUGAGCUGCUAGAUGGAGCAGACUUAGACUGGGAACUGGAUGCCUGUAUGGUAGUUUCUGGACAGAAUGACUGCAGCAUAAAUGAAGAUCUUGGCCAAUUGGAAACGAGGAUCUUGGAACAGCCUGUGAUGUUUGCAGAGUCGAUUGGUCAGCGGGUAAAGAGAGUGAGGGAGGAGACCAGAACUGCAGAUGGAGACGCUGGCACUCUGAACUAUGACUUUAGUGACUCUGUAAGGAAAGCAAGCCAGAAUGAUUCUGAGGAUGAUUACACUGGGGAUGCUGUUAGAUUGAAUACAGAACAGCUCGAUUUUGUGGGUGAUUGGCCCUCUGAAAUCCUUGAACAGCGCAGGCAACGGAGUCGGAAGUCAGCAUCUCAGACAGUGAAAAACCAAAAUGAGGAAAUGUCAAACUUUGAAGAAGACACAACUAAAUCUGACAGUAAAUUUGUAGGACACCCUAAUUCUGAGUUCCAGAAGCUUCUAGAUCUUCUUCAGGGAGACAAUAUCCAAAUUACCCAAGAAACAUCUCAGGACUUUCUACUCUUAGGUGAUGAUGGGCAUCAAUCAAGUUUGGCAGCUAAGGCUCAGCCGGUACUCCCUGACUGUGUCCUUGACUGGAAGUCUGAAAGAUCCAGUGAUCCAGGAAAAAGCAGUUCUCAUACUCCUAGCCCCAUAAAAGAACUUGGAGCCAGUCAGGAUGAGUCUUCCAAAAGGGGUACAAAAGAGGCAUGUACAGAUGUACAUACUCCAGCAAAUGGGGUAAUGGGUCUGGAGACAGGUUCAGAGCAGAAAGAUAAACCAAACUGUAAUGCUUACCUGUCCCUAAACUCAGGAGGUGAGGUGGAGUAUAGUCCUGAAUCCAGCCAGGAGAGACGGAAAGUUCCCAGUCGGAGGGGAGGAAAAUCCUGCAAACUGGCACUUACAUUCACGCAGCAAAGCCCUUCGUCUUGUCCUAAUGCUGGGUCUCCAGUCACCUCACUGCAGCAGACAGAGCUGAAUCCUGUACCAGAACUGCUUUUCACAACAUGCCCCAGUGCCUUUGCCCAAACAGAACCUCAGGACUUUGCCCUCCUGUGGCGAAUUGACCAGCAAAAAUGUUCUGAGCAAGAGUCAGACAGCCGUACCAUGGGAAUAGUUAUUUUGGAGGGAAACCCUUUGCGUUUUGUUCCAAAAAUAAAUAAAGAAAAAUCUUCUGAGCAGCAGGUGAUACCAUACCGUGUGUGUCACGAGAAAGGCUCACAGGUAGAGGAGAAUGACUUGAGAGAAUUACCAUUCAAACAGCACAGCCUGGAAAUACUUAGCCGCCAUUUUAAACAUGUUCCCAAGGAGACUCUGGAGGACUUGUAUGAAAAGUGUCACCAGGAUAUGGAGUGGACCACCAACUUGCUACUUGAUUCAGGCGAACAUCUUUGUAGGGAUGAUGAGGAAAAUGUUUCUGAUCAUCAAAAUGCAGAAGGAUAUGAUUUAGUUCAGAGUACUAAGGAAGAAACUUGUGAUUGUGAGGUGGCAGGGGAGUUGCUUGAGCCAAAAAUAAACUGCACAAGAGACACAGUAGUAGAAGAGACUGGCAGCAAUUGCUGUGAAAACCCAGCUAUUAUAGUACCAUGUAACACCAGCUCUACUAUGAAUAUUGUUGAUCGGGAACCUGAGGACAGUAAUGACCAGGUGAUCAAACUUUUAGAGCAUCAACCUGAAGAGCCAGAUCAAAAUGAAACACUUGAGUGUGUGCCUGGACCUUCCAUUGUAAUACAUCCUAAUGAACCUGUUGGAGAGAGUAAAGCUCUAAAGGAUUCUUUACAUCCAGAGUUAGAAAAUGAAGUCUCACAAACUGAGGUAUUUGAGAAGUAUCUUGAUGGAGGAUUUAAGGAUGAGGUAGAAGACAGAGAGACAAAAGAAGAAGUAAAUGCCAUAAUGCUGUCACAGCUUGAAGAGAUGGAGCGCAAGAAGGAGGAACAAAGAAAGGAAAGAGAAAAAGAGAGAAGGGGUCAGAGGAAUAAUGGGCCAAUGAACAUUCAGGCACUGGAGCUAAAACUAACCACAGAACUUGCCCUGCAGCUCACUGAGUUGUUUGGGCCUGUAGGUAUCUCCCCAGGUGAGUUUUCCCCAGAAAACUGCUCAGUGCUGAUGGACCUAAACUUAGCCAAACUCCUGCAUCAGAAAUGGAAAGAAACUAUCCAGGAGAAGCACAGACAAGCAGCUCUCUCAUAUCAUCUACUGCAAGAGAGUUCUGUACACUGGGGUGAGUCACAGUCAGCGGCGGCUGGGCUGAGGGACUCAGCUGCUCAUUUUCUCAUUGCCACAGAUGGCUAUUCAUCACUCAGCAACCAAUCAGGUGUCCAAGAAGGCUUUCCAUUCAUGGACCAUUGGAAUGUGUCCCGCCCUCCAGUUUCUCUCAGGGACAUCAUGCUUGAAGAACAAGUGUUGCAGGACAGUUUAGAGAAGUCUAGGUUAAGUCGCUGGGAUCUGGAAAAGAAAGAUGGAGCAGCCAUAGUCAAGGAGAAACAGCUCUUUGCUCUCUUCCCCACCAUUGACAGGCACUUCCUCAGGGACAUCUUCAGAGACCACAAUUACUCUCUGGAGCAGACAGAGCAGUUUCUACACACUCUAUUGGACGAUGAACCUGUGAGAACUGUAGUAGCAUCUGAACCUGUCACGGAAAAUAAUGAAAAGUGUAGAGCACCUAGCAAAGAGAGGAAGCAGAAGAUCGAGAUAGACGCAGCACAGUUCCAGGACAUAGAAGACCCAGAAUACAAGGACUUUCGUACAGAAGCUACGCUUCAAAGACAACGCCAGCAGGAGUGUUUUGAUAAAGCUGCCGAAGCCUACAGACAAGGGCGCAAGGACGUGGCCAGUUUCUACGCUCAACAGGGUCACUUACACGGGCAGAAGAUGAAGGAGGCGAAUCAUCGAGCAGCAGUGCAAAUAUUUGAACGUGUUAACGCUACACUUCUGCCUCAGAAUGUUCUGGAUCUGCAUGGGCUGCAUGUCGGUGAGGCUCUGCAUCACUUGCAGCAGGUUCUUGCUAAUAAAACCUCAGAAUGGCAGCAGGGCUUGUGCCGUCCCCAGCUGUCAGUCAUCACAGGGCGAGGCAACCAUAGCCAAGGUGGUGUGGCUCGCAUCAGGCCUGCUGUUCUCGACUACCUCAAGAGCCAACAUUACAAGUAUACAGAGCCUAAACUGGGUUUGGUGAUCGUCCUGUUGCAUUGUGCUGAUUAUUAGCUGCUGCUAUGAAAUGACAGGAGCUUUCUUUCUUCCUGCACAUUUAAAUACUGCAUACACUUUUUUUCUUUCUCUCUCUGUCUCUCACACUUGACCUUAUUUUCAUACAUUUUCUUUUGUUGCACUAACUCUCUUUGUCACUCUCUCUUGCUCUUUCUCUCUCUCUCUCUCUCUCUCUGCUUCUCUUCACCUGUCUGUCUGUCUGUCUGUCUGUCUCUCUCUCUCUUGCUCUGUCAUGUAUGUAUAUAUCGUACUGUAAACUCUUCGUUUACAGUUUACAAAAUAUUGUAAAUAUUGUAAAAAAAACAAGAUUGGUUCUUAUAUCUGUGUAGAAAAUGUGCGUAAGCUUUGAAUACAUAUUUGAUUUGAUCAGUGAAUUAAUGUUAAUGCCCUCUUUGAGCAAUAAUUAUCUGUCCAGUGGUUACUGGUAUUAAGCAGGUAAUACUUUUUUAGUGAUGCUUUUGUAAGUCACUUAUUUUGAACAAUAAGACAAGCCUGUCAUGACAAAUUUUACUUUUCCUGUUUAAACAAAACAGAGUAAUAUCAUAGUUGUUUAAUAUCAGUCAAAUACUUGUGGACCAAGUCUGUAAAAUCAAGCUGCUUGAUUUAAAUUUUAUUGAAGUCUUUUCUAGAGUUCACACUUUAGAAGGAUUGGAUUUUUUUUUUGCGUGCGUGCGCAUGUAUUUUUUAUUUUAGUCAAACUGACACCUUCUAUCAUACUAAUUUUAGUGUGUAAUCUUAAUGCAGUGUUGUUUAGUGCCAGUUUUAGUUCUUCACAUAUUUUUUUCCUGUUAAAAGACAUUAAAUAUUUCCUCAAAGAGAUAAUUUAGUGGAAUCUGAUUGGACAGCGAACUUGAACACAAGUAUACUGACAAACAGAAGCUGAUUGCAGAUCACCUCUCUAAAGCUGCCUGAUAUGUGCUGAGAAAAACACACGUUGUUGUGAAAAACAAAGUUGAAGUUUUUGGAUGUUUUAUGAAUGUGGUCUUGUUAAACACUACUUUGCAGCAGUCGUGGUUUUAUUAUAUGUCUAAUUUUAUAUUUUGUAAUGAUGCUGUUCUUAAUGAUACUUGUGUCAUUACUUUUCAGAUUUGUAUAUUUUGAAGAAUAAAAUCUGUUUUUUUGUA